CCUUCAACUUCACCGGGUCUGUGACUUCAUUUCCCCACGUUCCUGAUCGUCAGCUAUUCUGUGCCGGUGGCCCAAUUAUCCAUGGAUCAAGAUCAAGCGUCGGAUUCCACUGCCGUGAACGUUUUCGACGGCGUGCAGCGAGUCCGCCCUUUGCCAGAGCUGAGGACUGAAGUCGACGAUUGGACAGGGGUUACGGGCACACAAGAGAGAAAGAAACGACAAAAUCGUCUGAACCAGAGAGCGUGGCGCAGGAGGAAAGCCGCCGCCAUAGCCGGGUCGAGCAACCUAGCUUCUUCCACUUCAACUAACCCUCCGGCAAAUCUUUGCCCAAAUCUCAAUGGUCCAGGGGCCCUAUUCGCCCGGCAGGCCGUGUUUGGCGAUGGAGGUCUCCUCCUUCUGCACUACCCCGGCGAAGCCGAGCGCAUCCUGAAUCUGAUGAAACAGGCCCUCGAGGAUUAUUCUCUUCACUCCUCACGCCCCUCGAGCUUACACAUCACCAUUCGGCUCAACGUCCUCAACGCAAUAGCAGACAACGCCACCUUGAUUGGAUUUCCGAAAGAAGCUUUCUGCCGCGAUGAGUUCAUCUCGCCCUUCGGCCAGAUCGGUCCGAAUCUAGGGAACCUACCUGUGCCCUUACAUAACUGUCCAGGCAGCUUAUGGCCUACCCACAUGCAGAGGACGGUACCACAUCACCCAUGGAUUGAUCUCUUCCCUUUUCCAAUAUUUCGAGACAACGUCCUCCGAGGCAUGCAAGAAGGCAUGUUUGACGACGAUGAUCUAUGUUAUGACCUUCUUGGAUUUGACAGCACCGGCCCUGGCGAGCAACCUUCUCUCAUCGUGUGGACGGAAGCAUGGGACCCGAGGGGUUGGGAAAUCAACGAAGCAUUUCUGCGAAAAUGGGGAAGGCUCGUUAGGGGAUGCCCUGAGAUUCUUGUAGCUACAAACUACUGGCGGUUGAAAAGAGGCCAGACCAGGCUGUUGACAGAGUUUACAGAAUGAC